CACGUCUCCCAGCACUCAGGCCUGCGCCCAGGGGCUGGGAGCCGGGCCGCUCACUGCGCCAGUGGCCCGCCGGCCGUUCUGGCCGUCCAGCAUGGUGGACUACUAUGAGGUGCUGGGUGUGCCCCGACAGGCCUCGACCGAGGCCAUUAAGAAGGCCUACCGCAAGCUGGCGCUCAAGUGGCACCCCGACAAAAACCCCGAGAACAAGGAGGAAGCGGAGAGGAGAUUCAAGCAGGUGGCCGAGGCCUACGAGGUGUUGUCGAACGCCAAGAAACGCGACAUCUACGACCGCUACGGCGAGGCGGGGGCGGAGAGCGGCUGCGCCAGCGGCGGACCCUUCGAGGACCCCUUCGAGUAUGUCUUCAGCUUCCGCGACCCCGCCGAGGUCUUCAGGGAGUUUUUUGGCGGCCAGGACCUAUUCUCGUUUGACUUCUUUGGAAACCCGCUGGAGAAUAUUUUUGGGGGUCGGAGGAACUCCAGGGGAAGCAGAAGCAGAGGGUCGGCACCCCUUUUCUCCACCUUCAGUGAAUUUCCAGCUUUUGGGGGUGGUUUUAAUUCUUUUGAUACAGGAUUUAGUUCCUUUGGUUCCCUGGGAAGUGGGGGCCUUUCUUCCUUCUCCAUGUCCUACGGUAGUGAUGGGACAGGCACCUUCAAGUCCACGUCGACUUCCACUGAAAUAGUUGAUGGCAAAAAAAUCACCACCAAGAGAAUCAUUGAAAAUGGCCAAGAAAGGGUGGAAGUGGAGGAAGAUGGAGAGUUGAGUUAAAGUCCUUGAUAAUAAAUGGCAAAGAGCAGUUGCUCCGCAUUGACAUCAAAUAAUUCCGGUCCACAUUUGAGUUAAAGCACAUCUGGAGGAAGAGCGGACUUUUUUUUUUUUUUGGGCAGGUGAACUUUACUCUCAGAACAACUGUACCCAAGAAUUUAUAAACACUUGAUACCAACGCCUAUUCUUACUGUUGGGACUACACGGAUAGGAUCUCUGUUUGUCUUUCAAUCGUUGUAAAUAUCUGCAUGCACUUUGCUAUUUAUUAAACGUAAGCCUGAAGCAGACAGUGA